CCCAGGGCUGUAUUCGCCUACGAGAAGCACCAUGACCUCAAGCUGCUGGACUCCGGAGCCGGGGGCGCGGACGAGCUGGCCGGCAAGUUCUGCGCCGGCAGCGUCAUGUACGGGCUGUGCCGCCUCCGGGACCCCGCCACCGGCGCCCCCCGCAUCGUCCUCAUCAGCUGGGUCGGGGAGAAGACGCCCGAGUCCCAGCGGCAGGCGUGCGCGGGGCACCUGCAGGCCAUCAGAGCCUUCUUCAGGGAGGCCAGCGUGGUGCUGAGCGCCCGGCGCGCCGAGGAGGUGACCCAGGAGGGGCUGAGCCGCGCUCUGGCCCAGCUGGCCCCCGCCGCGGCCCCCCCGGCCAGGAGGGCCCCCCCGGCGGACACCGAGGAGCUGGUGGGCACCAACUACCGCAAGACGAACCCGGCGCUGGAGAUCCGCCGGACCCAGCGGGACUCCUUCUGGGCGCAGGCGGAGCGCGAAGAGGAGCAGCGCAAGGAGGAGGAGCGGCGGCGGCUGCUGGAGGAGCGGCGGCGCUGGGAGCGGGAGCGGAUGGAGGAGGAGAGGCGGGAGGCGGCCGAGCGCGAGCAGCGCUUCAGGGAGAAGGAGCGGCUGAUCGAGGAGCACCGGAAGGAGCAGGCGCGGCUGGAGGCGGAGGAGCGGAGGAAGGAGAAAGCCCGCUGGGAGCAGCAGCAGCGGGAGCACGAGGAGGCCAUGCGCGACCGCUCCCGGCGCUCCGAGUCCAUCGAGAAGGCGGCCGAGGCGGCCGUGCUGGUGUCCCAGCGCGCGCAGAACCCCCGGGAUUUCUUCCGGCAGCGGGAGCGCGCGGGGUCCGCCUCCGGGGGUCCGCUGCCCGCCGGCCCCCUGGGCGCCCGGCCCGGUAGGUGCGGGGGGCGGGAG